AUGGCACUGCCAAAAUCAUACAGACAAGCCUCUUUUAAAGCCAUCGGAGAGAAUUUAGUCCUCGAAGAUGUGCCGCUGAACAUGCCUGGAGCUGGCGAGAUUUUGGUGAAGGUUGAGGCGUGCGGGGUUUGUCACACAGACGUGUGCGCCCAAUUCAACUACCUCGGCGGUGGGUUUCCCAUCGUUCCAGGUCAUGAAAUCGUCGGAAAAGUAGCUGCCAUCGGCGAAGAGGUGACGGGGUGGAAUGUUGGUGACCGUAUCGGCGCAGGUUACCACGGUGGUCAAGACGGCACAUGCGAUCAAUGUCUGCAGAACUGGCCGCAGAUGUGCGAUAACCCCAUCGCGAACGGCAUAAAUCGGAACGGCGGAUUCGCCGAAUACUGCACCAUCCGCGCCGAAGCCGCCGUCCGCGUCCCCGCAGACAUCGACGCAGUUAAAGUCGCACCUCUCCUAUGCGCGGGCUCAACCGUCUUCAACGCGCUACGCCAUGCGGACCUUAAGCCCGGCGAUGCUGUCGCGAUACAAGGGCUCGGCGGUCUCGGACAUCUCGCCAUUCAAUACGCGAACCGGAUGGGGUACCGCGUGAUCGCCAUCUCGCGCGGCAUUGAAAAAGAAGCUGCCGCCCGUGAGCUUGGCGCGCACGAGUACAUCGACUCGGAAGCGGGCGACGCGGGAGCGGCUCUCAAGGCCCUAGGAGGGGCGCAGGUUGCGUUCACAACUGCCCUAUCUGUCGAGGCGUUCGCGCCAGUGAUCCGUGGGUUGAAGAUCUUGGGAAAACUGGUUGUGCUGAGCUUGCCUGGGGAGAUGACGCUAAGUCAUACGGAUAUGGUGCAGCGUGGCGUCUCGGUUCAGGCUUGGCCGGUCGGCACGAAUAGGGAUUCUGAGGACGCGGUCAGGUUUGCGGCGAGCCAUGGCGUGGAGUGUAUGGUUGAGACGUGGGGGUUGGGACAGGUGCAGGAGGCUUAUGAUGCGAUGAUGAGUGGCAAACCGAGGUUUAGGGCUGUUAUUAAGAUGGAAUGA